AUGGAAUUAGGUGUAGACUAUGUUGAUAUUGAAUUGAAGGUUGCAGACAAAUUUAUGAGCUUUAUUUCUGGCCAUAAGCCAGAGAAAUGUAAACUUAUUGUUUCUUCACAUAAUUAUGAAUAUACUCCAUCCUGUGAGGAGAUUACAAAUCUUGUUGCUAGAAUACAAGCAGUUGGAGCUGACAUAGUGAAAGUUGCAACAACCGCUAAGGACAUUGUCGAUGUAUCACGGAUGUUCCAAGUGAUGGUACACUGCCAAGUGCCUAUGAUUGGACUUGUAAUGAGUGAAAGAGGUUUAAUGUCAAGAGUGUUAGCGCCCAAGUUUGGUGGAUAUCUUACAUUUGGGAUACUGAAUGCUACAAAGACAUCAGCUUCUGGACAACCAACAGUUGAGGACUUACUGGACAUUUACAACAUAAAGUGUAUUGGGCCUGAUACAAAGGUUCUUGGUCUUAUAGCCAACCCAGUAAAGCAGAGCAAGAGCCCAAUUUUGCACAAUAAAUGUCUUCAAUCCAUUGGAUAUAAUGCUGUUUAUCUUCCACUUCUUGGAGACAAUCUUGCUAGUUUUCUUGAGACAUAUUCAUCUCCUGACUUUUCAGGAUUUAGUUGCUCACUUCCUUUCAAAGUAGAUGCUGUACAGUGUUGUGAUGAACAUGAUCCAGUUGCUAAGUCAAUAGGAGCGAUAAACACCAUAAUUAGAAGACCAGAUGGCAAAUUAGUGGGGUACAAUACGGACUACAUUGGAGCGAUAUCUGCUAUUGAGGAUGGCAUUGGAGGUCCAGGAUCAAAGGAUGCUGCCAGCUCACCAUUGGCUGGUAGGCUUAUUGUUGUUGUAGGUGCUGGGGGUGCUGGUAAGGCAAUUGCUUAUGGGGCAAAGGAAAAGGGUGCGAGGGUAGUUAUAGCAAAUCGCACCUAUGAGAAGGCUGUAAGUCUUGCCAACGCAAUUGGUGGUCAGGCCCUGAGAUUAGAAGACCUGGAAACUUUCAGACCUGAAGAAGGGAUGAUCCUUGCUAAUGCAACAUCAUUGGGGAUGUACCCAAAUAUUGAUGGUACUCCUAUUCCGAAGAAAGCUCUGGGUUUCUAUGAUGUGGUAUUUGAUGCUGUAUAUGCCCCAAAAGUUACAAGGCUUCUUCGAGAAGCCUCCUGA